CUCCAUUGAAAAUCUGCAUCGCCAACUGCUUUAAUAGCUUCCCUUCCCCAACCCUCAACCUCAUCCCUUUCAUUCCCCUCUCCACUCUUACGGUCCAGACAGAAUCGAAAAGAUGAGCCAGGAUAAGAGCGCCUUCGGCAUGCCCGGCUUCGUGGUCGACUUCUUGAUGGGUGGCGUUUCCGCCGCCGUCUCGAAGACCGCUGCCGCCCCUAUCGAGCGUGUUAAGCUCCUCAUCCAGAACCAGGAUGAGAUGCUUAAGUCCGGCCGUCUCGACCGCAAGUACGAUGGCAUCACCGAGUGCUUCAAGCGUACUGCCCAGAACGAGGGUGUCCUCUCUCUCUGGCGUGGUAACACCGCCAACGUCAUCCGUUACUUCCCCACCCAGGCCCUGAACUUCGCUUUCCGCGAUACAUACAAGUCCAUGUUCGCCUACAAGAAGGAGCGUGAUGGUUACGCCAAGUGGAUGGCCGGUAACUUGGCCUCCGGUGGUGCCGCUGGUGCCACUUCCCUCCUCUUCGUCUACUCCCUCGAUUACGCCCGUACCCGUCUCGCCAACGACGCCAAGUCCGCCAAGAAGGGUGGUGACCGUCAGUUCAACGGCCUCGUAGAUGUCUACAAGAAGACCCUCGCCUCCGACGGUAUUGCCGGUCUCUACCGUGGUUUCCUUCCCUCCGUUGCUGGUAUCGUUGUCUACCGUGGUCUGUACUUCGGUAUGUACGACUCGAUCAAGCCUGUCCUCCUUACCGGUAGCCUCGAGGGUAACUUCCUUGCCUCUUUCGCUCUUGGUUGGGCCGUCACCACCGGUGCCGGUAUCGCUUCUUACCCCCUUGAUACCAUCCGUCGUCGCAUGAUGAUGACCUCCGGUGAGGCCGUCAAGUACAAGGGUACCAUGGAUGCCGCCCGCCAGAUUGUCGCCGCCGAGGGUGUCAAGUCCCUGUUCAAGGGUGCUGGUGCCAACAUCCUCCGUGGUGUUGCCGGUGCCGGUGUCCUGUCCAUCUACGACCAGGCCCAGCUCAUCCUCUUCGGCAAGAAGUACAAGGGUGGAUCCGGUUAAGCGCCUUCCGCCUUUCUUCGAUACCCCAAAACGAGUUCACGAGGUGGAAGCAGAUAAUCGCGACGCGAGGGGACGAGUUGUGUGUAGAGGUGAAUGAUGGAGCAUAUCAAGCCCGUCAUGGAAAGCACGACCCGGUGGUAAAACACCUUGUACUUUACUUUGCCCUGUAUCACUCGUCAUAUCCGGCUUGCAGUGCUUUGUCCAUUUACCCCUUUCCUAGGUGUUCACUUUCCAUCGCUUGGAGCAUGGGAAAACUAGCGGUUUAUAGAAAGAUUUCGAGUUCCUUUGAGAAA